AUGGUUUGCUGUGAAUCAUUACUGCUUAUUUUACAAAUUUGUGUAUUGAACAUAAUAACUGAAAGGGCACCUCGGGAAGACUACUAUUGUUACACUAACGGUGCGCUGCAGCUGUUUCACUGCUACCAUGCGAAAUCAGUUCAAUCAAAGCAGCACUUUCAGGAUGUUCCUUGUCGUUUUUUCGCCAUAAUAUUCGACGCAGGUUCAACGGGAACAAGGCUCCACCUAUACAGAUACGUUCAUAGCACUGAUCAGAAUGAACUUCCUUUCAAAGUCGAAGAAGAAACAUUUCGUGAAGUAUCACCAGGGUUGUCAUCGUACAGUCAUAACCCUGCAGGGGCUUCUGAAUCUAUUCGAAGUCUAAUACAAAUCGCACAUGAAACAAUCCCACCUUUCAUGUGGGAUAAGACCCCUAUAACACUCAAAGCAACUGCCGGCCUUCGGUUGCUUCCCGGAGAUAUGGCCGACGAUAUAUUGGAUGCGGUCGAACGUGAGAUUGUGAACAGUGGUUUUUUCGCAGUACCUAAUGGAGUGGGCAUAAUGAGUGGAUCUGACGAAGGAAUAUAUAGCUGGUUAACUUUGAACUUGCUCCUGAAUGUAUUCUAUUCAGACGAUGUUAAACUUCCCUAUUUUCCUGAUGCAUCGCGAACUGUUGCCGCUUUCGAUCUAGGCGGUGGAUCAACCCAGCUCACAUUUUGGCCAGUGGAUCAACGUAUUUUCGAACAUCAUUCAGAAUACAGAAGAGAUAUAGAGUUCUUUGGGCACCGAAUGCAGUUGUUUACACACAGCUUUCUAGGCAAUGGUUUGGUUGCGGCACGUCUCAAUACGUUGUUACACAUAACGGGUGAUGAAGCUGAGGUAAAACAUGAACUCAGUACGCCUUGUAUGCCGUCGGAUUUUCGGCUUCAAGACUGGGAAUACGCGCUCAGAAAAUGGACCAUUAGGUUGGGACGGUUUUAUAUAGCUGGUUCAAAUGUACUGUUGGUUGAGCUUACGCUUGAAGGAAAGAUGAUUUAUUUGUUCUCUUACUUCUUUGAUCGUGGGCUGAACGCAGAGCUCGUUAAAGAACAUAGCGGAGGCGCAGUGAAAUUGGUGGACUUCAAAGUAGCUGCAGAAAAAGCGUGCUCACGGACAAAGGAGGAGCUGAGAGGUUCCCAUUGGUUGCCCUGGCUUUGUCAUGAUUUGACUUAUAUUUAUAGCCUUCUAUAUGAUGGAUAUGGAUUUGGUGAUACCCAACCAUUUUAUUUAGCGAAGAAGCUCAAAGGAAUGGAAGUAGCUUGGGCUCAAGGGUUAUCCUAUGUACUAGUAGACGAAUUCCACAGAACUCACUUGUCACCAGUCAAUAGGCAAAUUAAUGAUACAGUUGUGGGUCAGAUUAUGUCUUACAUUUAUUCAGGUACCAAUAAUUUAUUGUCCUAUUUGAACAUUAUUUCAUAA